AUCAACUUUUCUCUAUUAAGUCCAAGAUGGAUAAAUUCAUUGACACAAUUAGGAGCAAGUUGACUAGUCAAGAGGAGGCUCAAAAGAGAAUAGAGGCGAAGUUUGAUCAAAUUAUUAAAAACCACUCUUCAUAUAUUCACAACUUGGAGGUGCAAGUUGGGCAAUUAGCCAAUGCUUUGUUAACAAGGAAUUUGGAAAAUUUUCCAAGCAACACGAAAUCUAAUCCGAAGGAAUAA